GGUGAGCCGGGCGGGACUCGUGCUCGCGGGGCGCGGGGGCGGGCAUGAACGCUUCGGAGUGCGCGGCGCUGCUGGAGAACGUGACCUGGAACGACCCGCGGCAGAUCUCCUCGCUGGUGGCCCUCGGCGUCAUCGACGUCAUCGUCAUCCUGGGCAACAUCCUCGUCAUCGCCGCCGUCUUCAUGUCCUCCAAGCUCCGCUCCGUCACCAACCUCUUCAUCGUCUCCCUCGCCGUCGCCGAUCUCAUGGUCGGCAUCGCCGUCCUCCCCUUCAGCGCCACCUGGGAGGUUUUCAAGGUGUGGAUCUUCGGCGACCUGUGGUGCUCGAUCUGGCUGGCGGUGGACGUCUGGAUGUGCACGGCCUCGAUCCUUAACCUGUGCGCCAUCUCGCUGGACCGGUACGUCGCGGUGACACGCCCCAUCACCUACCCGUCGAUCAUGUCCAUGAAGCGAGCCAAGAUCCUCAUCGCCUGCGUCUGGGUCCUCAGCUUCGUCAUCUGCUUCCCGCCGCUCCUCGGCUGGAAGGACAAGGGCUCGCAGAUGGUCCACCAGGAGCUGUACCUGGAGCCGUCCAACGACACCUACCUCCCCGGACGACCGCUCACCCCGGGCGGCGCCACCGUCGCUGACCCCCGCCGCCCGCAGAGCGUCAAGACCGUCACCAAGUGCCCCUGGAUUUGCGAGCUUACGUCUGAUACCGGGUACGUUGUUUACUCGGCGCUAGGCUCGUUCUACAUCCCGAUGCUGGUGAUGCUGUUCUUCUACUGGCGGAUCUACCGGGCGGCGGUCCACACGACGACGGCCAUCAACCAGGGGUUCCGGACGACGAAGGGGACGCGGGCCUUCGGGAACCGGUUCGACGAGCAGCGACUCACCCUCCGGAUCCACCGGGGCCGGAGCUCGGUCAUCCACCACGGGACGGGCGGAGGGACCGGUUCCAACAGCACCACCACCACCAACUCGGCCGCCAACUCCGUGGCCAAUUCCCCGGGGAAGAACCACGACCGGUUCGCCAAGAACCGCAGAUCCGAACGGGGACACGAGAAGGUUAAGAUCUCCGUCAGCUAUCCAAGCAGCGAGAAAAUCAACCAACUCAACAACGGGGGCUCGCCGUCCAUCUCCCCGAAGUCGGGCUCGUUCUCCUCGACAUCGCCGACGGCCUCGCCCCUCUACGCCGUCCACUACUCGACGGAGACCAACUCGACGUCGCUGAAGAACCCGGCGACCUCCCCGACGGCCACCCCCCGCGACUGCCACCUCCGGGUGACGGGGGCAAGGCUGGCCUCGCACCGGCGUUCCUGCCGGCGGCGGAGCAGCGGGAGCGAGUGCGGGACGGCCCCCUCCUCGCCCACCCGCCCGCGGCUCCUCGGCGACCCGCUCAGCGUCACCCUCGCCAAGGACCUCUCGCCCUCGCCCACCGGCGAGGACCAGGCCCACAGGCCCAGGCUCAUCUCCAAGAUGGGCAAGAGGAAUAUCAAAGCGCAGGUGAAGAGGUUCCGGAUGGAGACGAAAGCGGCCAAGACGCUGGGGAUCAUCGUGGGCGGGUUCAUCUUCUGCUGGCUCCCGUUCUUCACGCUGUACCUGAUCCGGGCCUUCUGCCCGACCUGCAUCCAGCCGGGCGUCUUCUCCGUCAUGUUCUGGCUCGGCUACUGCAACUCGGCCAUCAACCCGUGCAUCUACGCCCUCUUCUCCAAGGACUUCCGCUUCGCCUUCAAGCGCAUCAUCUGCCGCUGCUUCUGCAACCGCCGCCGCCCGGCCAACAGCUCCCCCUACGUCCGCCGCGGCUCCGACGGCUCCCAGCUCGGCCUCAAGCGCGACAAGGCCCGCUCGCCGAGCUAUAAUGAUUACGGUGCCUCUGCGCAUCUGAACCCACCGUCGGACAGCGAGCAGAACAACGAGGCCGGCUCGGAUUCCCGGUGACAUUCGGCCGAGCCUGAGUUCGAGCCGCUCGCCGACGCCGCCUUCCACUCCGUCAGCAAUAUCAUCAUGAUGAUGCCCAAGUUUCGCGGGCAGGUCUCCGGGGUGAGGCUUUGAACUCGCGAUAAAGGACACUGAAAAAAACUCCAUGAUACGGGUUUUAUAGGGUUGCCACAGUCAGGGAAAACUGGGAAAUGUCAGGGAAUUUUAAAAAGUCAGAGAACACAGAAAUGCUAGAGAAAAUGUCACGAAAAUGUUAUGGAGAAUGACGAAAAUGUCAGGGGAAAAUCGUUAAGUCACUUAAGGCUUUGAACUUGCGCUAAAGGACGCUGGAAAAACUCCGGCAGUGGAAGCCGUGCUUACGGGUUCUAUAGGGUUGCCACAGUCAGGGAAUACCGGGAAAACUGGGAAAUGUCAGGAAAUCCUAAAAAGUCAGGGGGAAGGAAAACCUGGAAAUUUCAGGGAAAAUGACGAAAAGGUCAUAGAAAACGACGGGAAUGUCAUGAAAAAUGACGAAAAUGUCCGGGAAAAAUCGUUAAGUCACCUCUAGUCGCUCUCACGAAUGGGUUUCGUGUUUAAUUACAAAUUUUGCAUGGAACUACUGCUAAUUUUAGGAAGUCUGGGAAAACCUGGAAAUUUCAGGGAAAAUGACGAAAAUGUCCGGGAAAAAUCGUUAAGUCAGCCCUGGUUGCUCUCUCGAAUGGGUUUAAUGUUUCGAACAGGAAAUUUUGCGUGGAAACUAUUUCAAACUAUGUCUUCUUAACAACCUGGCAUUUGCUCAACUGUCAGGGAAUUUCGCCAAAAUGUGUCAGGGAAAUCAGGGGAAAGUCAGGGAAUUUAACUGUGUAAUUUCUGUGGCAACUCUGGCCUAUAUUGACGUACCGUCCGUGUUGCGGGCUCAGAAGUCGAAACCUCCGGGCUUAGCACCCGGAGCAGUCCUAGUUACGGCUCCAAUAAUAGUGCUGCCGCGUCACCAAUGAGAGCAUUGCAGCGAUUAUUUUUUUUUAAUAGAGGAAAAUAGGAAAUUUUAACUUUUUUAAUUAAAACUAAAAUUCAGAAAAAUUAGGAAACAUUGAAGGGGAAAAAUGACCUAAUAAUUCAUGAUUAUAACUGAGGAUUGGACGUAUUUCUGCCGAACGGAACUGUGUGCAUUUAGACAUGAGCC